ACACACACACACACACUCACACACACACUCUACCUGGUGCGGUGAAUGAGCGACGUCACUACCCGCUCCCACUGAGACGCAAAGAAUGAGGAAGACAAGUCUCAGACGAGAGGAUAGAAGUCAUUACGUUAAAAAAAAACAGGCUUUCUGACAAGAAAACUGAAGCUGGUUUUGUGUCAUUUAUUGGUAAAUCAAUCAUUAACUUGCGGAGACUGGAGGGAUGGCGCGCGGCUGUACCGAGGGUUGGUGCGCUCGGUUUGUGGAGCGGCACCACUCAGCGCUGAAUUUUGCGCUGUUGGUUGUUGGUUACAUCCUUUACCUCAUAAUCGGCGCCGGGAUCUUCUCCGCCAUCGAGCUGCCCUACGAGCAUGAGCUCCGGCAGGAGCUGACGGCGGCCCGGCGGGACUUCCUGAGCAACAACACCUGCGUGUCCGACGCGCGCCUGGAGGAGCUGCUGGCCCGCGCGCUGGAGGCCAGUAACUAUGGGGUGUCCGUGCUGGGUAACGACACCAGCCACAACUGGGACUUCGUAUCCUCCUUGUUCUUCACCAGCACCGUGCUGACCACAACAGGUUAUGGCCACACUGUUCCUCUCUCAGAUGAAGGGAAGGCCUUCUGUAUCUUCUACUCCCUCUUUGGCAUCCCCGUCACCCUCUUCUUCCUCUCUGUUGUGGUGCAGAGGAUUAUGGUCCUUGUGUCUCGACGUCCAGUGUCCUACUUCCACCGUCGAUGGGCCAUGUCUAAAUCGAAGCUAGCGGCCAUACAUGCUACCUGCCUAGGCAUCAUCAUGACCCUGCUCCUCCUCAUCAUCCCUGCGUGGAUCUUUACCAGCCUGGAGAAGGACUGGGGCUUUCUGGAGUCUCUGUAUUUCUGUUUCAUCUCUCUCACAACCAUUGGCCUCGGGGAUUAUGUCCCCGGAGAGACCCACAGUAAAGGGUACAACCCAAACCCACAGCUGUACCGGCUGGCUAUUACAGUCUACUUGCUGCUUGGCUUAGUGUGUGUCCUGGUUGUGCUGGAGACGUGUUGCGAGCUUCCCCAGAUGAGACGACUCAGACAGAGGUUCUACCAAGAAAACGUUCGGGAGCUGGACUCUGAGACCACCAACAUCAUCGACCGGGAUCACAUGACCGACCAGCUGACCGAACCCUCAGAUCAUGUGGCAGACCACCUACCAGUCAUCCCCUCUGUGUCAGAACAGGCUGCGUCCCUACGGCAGGACAGCAAGUCUUACAUGCCGGCAUCAGGAUCUGCCGUUAAUGGAAAACUGAGAUGACAGAUUGUCUGGAACACAUUAUUUUUUACUGGUUUAUAAACUUGUGUGCUGCAUUUGUGACUGCUCGGGGCAUACCGGCUUUGACCUCUGCGAAAAUGUUUACAUAUGAGUAAUAUAUGAGGAGCCUGAGCACAUCUACAUGCAAGCACUUAAAAAGGGAUUUGCUUCUGCCACUGCCAACACCAACAGACAUUUGUGGCGUAAAAGCAGGAACCACCCACAGGCUAUCAGGAUGGCAUUGUUUUCUUGUUCUCCCCUGUUGCUCCAUUCCCUGCAGAUAAGAGCCAGAUCUAAGACACAGAGGAAGGGCUUGGCCCCCAAACGGAGGGAAACCUCACAAGGUUCCACUUCCUGCCAAAGUCUUGAUGCGGUAAUUCCAAAGCAGCACAGUCUGCUCUAGAGGAUUUCACACUCGCUCUUAGUACAUUAUAUAAUUUAUGGUGGUAUUUGCAUAGGAAAUUUGCCUUCUUGGAAGUAGGAAGGCCAUACCAGGACAAUCAGGCAUACCAUCGGUUGGCCUGUUGUACAUUAUGUGCAGAAAUUCCACAAGAUGAAGUGAUGGCAACAAAUAAACUAUUUUUCUUCCUGGUUGCUUACAGGUGCCAUGUUGAAAGACAUUUAGUUGCCAGUUUUUUAGGUGCACCUUGCUAAAAGUAAUACAGUCCAACACAACAGCACACAACAAUAGUCCUGCAAUAAAUUCUGCCUACACAAAUGUUACUGUAUAAUGAGUAUAAUUUAAGAGAGGUGCUCAACUUUAUGAUAAUUCUGCGGCUGCAGUUUGUGGUGCGGUUGAAUGGUGCUGUAUUGCAUUAUUCAGAGAGGUGGGUGGACAAAAUUAAUAGAAAUGCUGUUAUUGUAACACAAUACAAUUCAGCAGCACCACAAACUGCUGCCUUCAUAAUGACCCUACAGUCCGAUCAAUACCUCUCUAAAACAGGUUCAACAAAAUGGAUCAUUAUCACCUUCGUAAAAGGAUGUUUUAUAGCAAUUGUACAAGUUGUAUUAGACUGCAUUAGUUUUAGCUAGAUGCACCUCAUAAACUGGCAACUUAAUGUAUUUCAUUGUGGUAAUCAUACUGCAAUGUGUGCCCCUGUACCACUAGAGGGCAGCACUUUCAUUGAAAUACAAACAACAGAUUUACACUCAGUUCUUUGUUACUGGGAAUGCUAUGUAGAAAAAUGUAAAAAUGUAAUUAUGCAGCAUGAAUAAGUAAUUGUUACAGGUUAGGGUGAGUUUUUAUUAUCCAUAUAUUUAGUCAUAGCUGUCCCAGUUUACAGGUGUGCUAAACUAAAUGUGCAGUAUAUGACAUUUUUAUGUCUAAACUGUUUACUCACUAGCAAAACAGCUUCAAAAAUGGGUUCAAAUCAUGUCAUGUCUUCCAAAAACCAUUUUGCUGCUGUUUAGGGUUUUAAUCAAGAGCAAAACUUUGUAAUGGUAGUUUUUAUCAAAUGCAAAUAAAUCAUGCAACAUUAAA